UUGUGCACGUGCACCCUCGCGAUGUGGAAGAGGGGAGAGCCUUCCGAGAGGUCACGUGACCCCUUCGGCUCUCUCCCUCCCCCCCCCCCCCGCUGCAGAAACACAGCCAAGCCACUGGCUGGGAGGGCUUCCAGCGACUGCAGCAGCGGUGCUGAGAGGAACGGAGCAGGGGCUGGAGCUGGCGGCUCCGGAUCGAUCGCCGGCUCCAAAAGCCUUGCACGGGCGGGGGGAGAUCGAUGGCUGCACCCGCCUUCUCGUGAGGCUCUCUGGGCAACGUCCUUGGAACCGCAGCGGAGCCAGCAUGCGGAGGGGCCAGGUCCAGUUUGAGGAAACCAGACAACAGCUCCAAAAACAGCCAGUGGUGGGACAAUGGAAGCCCCUUGCACCAAGCAACAGAGGAGAGGAGCUGCAACAGCCAGAGCCUUCGGUCAAGGGCCCAGGAAGUGGGGAUGAGAACCAGUCUUUGGCUCAACUCAACGUCUCCCGCUUGCGCAGCUCCUCUGUGGAGAUCCGUGAGAAGGGAUCUGAGUUCCUGAAAGAAGAGCUCCAUAGAGCUCAGAAGGAGUUGAAGUUGAAGGAUGAAGAAUGUGAGAGACUUUCAAAAGUCAGAGAACAGCUGGAGCAGGAACUGGAGGAGUUAACAGCCAGCUUGUUUGAGGAAGCCCAUAAGAUGGUGCGAGAGGCAAAUACCAAACAGGCGACAUCAGAGAAACAGCUGAGGGAGGCUCGAGGGAAGAUUGACAUGCUGCAGGCAGAGGUGACAGCCUUGAAGACUCUGGUGAUAACGUCGACUCCUUCUUCCCCAAACCGGGACUUGCACCCCCAGCUUCAAAGCCCCUCCAAAGCAGUCUUCAGAAAAGGGCACGGGCGGAAUAAGAGCACCAGCAGUGCUGGCGUUGUCACAGCUGUCAGCCAGAGUAUGCCUGUGGAGCCAGUCACCAACGAGUUCAAAGAGGUGGAUUCCAUCUUGUUUGCAGAAUUCAAGGCUUGGAAAGAAUCUCCAACUUUGGAUAAAUCAUCUUCUUUCCUAGAAAGGAUUUACCAGGAAGAUGUGGGGCCAUGUCUGGACUUCACUAAGCAUGAGCUCUCAGAGCUGGUUCAGGCAGCCGUGGAGCAGAACACACUUACCAUUGAACCUGUGGCUACCCAGGCACUGCCUGUGGUGAAGGUAUCAGCCAUUGAAUGCGGUGGACCAAAUGGCUUCCGGUCCCAAAUUGUAACGAAAUGUGCUCUAAGUGGCCUGUCUCGAGCCUGUAGGCAUCGCAUCAAACUGGGAGACUCUGGGAAUUAUUACUAUGUUUCACCUUCCUGCAGGACCAGGAUUACAGCAGUAUGCAACUUCUUCACCUAUAUUCGCUACAUCCAGCAGGGACUGGUGAGGCAGGAUGUGGAACUGAUGUACUGGGAAAUCAUGCGUCUCAGAAAGGAAAUGUCCAUGGCUAAGCUGGGGUUCUAUUCCAGUGAGAUGUAGCCGAGGACUCGCAAUCUGGGAGGGCAUCACCAUACAAUUACUCUGCCAGGCAGACAGAAGGCUUGACACAGCACACCUACUAGUGCUGGAAGCUGCCUGAUAUAAGCUGAAGAGAUAAGAAGCACAGAUUAACCUGUUGAAUUAUUUGCUCGUUUCCUGACAGUGCUUAUAACGAUGCAGAUUGACAUAAUUGAGUGAAGGCACCUCUGGACUCUCGCCCCCCCCCCUUCAUUCCACAGCCAGUAUAUAUCAAGUACUCUUAAAAGAUCUGUUUCUGCCAAUUCUGAGACCAUGGCUGGCCCUUGGACUCUUUAUCUGCUUGCUGCUCUGAAUUACAAAUGUAACUGGCCAUUGCUGCACAACACACACACACACAGACAGAUUUGGACUCUACUACCAAGCUGCCAACUUCAGCUGUUACUAGGCAGGUGUGUUGCUCUCCAGAUGCCAUUGCCAUACAGUGGUCCAGCUUCAUAGCCGCUAAGUGUGUGUUCUUGUAAUGUUUCUCAAGCAGCUCUGCUCCUGAGGAGCCUGCAAGAGCCAGCAAGGGAAGCAAGAUCCACAAGAACGCUUUUGAUCUCUGUUUAUAGCUCAGGGUUUGCCUUUUGGUUGUGUGACAGAUCCCAUACCUCUCCCUGUGUAAUGCAAGCAUCUGUUCUAGGUAGAAACUCUGUCUGGAGCCUCAGCCACAAUGCAGGAAUAGGGAACUUGCAUAACCGACAGUGGCCCACAACUGUUCUGAGGUCAGCUCCCCAAGGCUGCGGAUUCCCCCCCCCCAUAGUAUAGACUAGAGAGUUGGAUGCCACAGUAUCUGGUGAGCAGCUCUCCUCACUUGACAUCAUCCCCUCCCCACGGGCUCCUUCACUGUGUUUUGCUGAAGACAAAAUGCUUCUACUGUGUUUGUCCAGUAUCUUGUGCAAGACCUUUCAGUUCUGCUGAAAGGUUCCUAUUUGAUGCCUACAUCUAGCUAACAGUGUUACAAACUCUAGUGUGAAGCAUUCUCUUCUUUGCUUCAUUCACACCGGAGAUGAAGAAUGACCUCACAUCUUUCUGCAAAGGUUUGGGGUUUGUGUAGAUCAGCCUUCCUCAACCCAGCAUCCUCCAGAUGUUUUGGACUACACCCUCUCAUCAGCCCUACAAAGCAUGGCCAGUAGUGAGGGAUGAUGGGAGAUGGAGUCCAACAAUGUCUGAAGGGUACCAGGUGUAAAUUCUACAUUUUUUUUUUAAAAAAAAGGGAGAGAUGGCAUAGGGAUAAUACUGAAUCUUGGUCCUCAAAUUGUGUUUUGGUACUGUAAAAAACAGUAACCAAGCUUGAAUCUGAAUUUGUAAAUCACAGAUCUGGAAGACUUGUUGAAUAUUGACAAAAGUGAAAAGUCUGUCACUUAGCUUUUGAUCUGAAAGGGUUUUUAAAAAAAGAAUGAGGCUUCUCUUUUCUAUACUUUGCUUGACUUUAAAAUGAGGUGGCUGAGGUUGUGUUUUAGCUGGAAGCCUCUGUGUGAUGCGUCCUUCCCUGGCUCUCCCUGUCAGGUUCCUACCUGCUCGUGGUUACUGCCUGUCUCUAGGCACCACCAGGGACUCCACCAGUCCGGACCUCUCUCUCUUAUGAUUUCUCUUCCCGCUCUAGCACAGAUCUCAACAGAUCCCCCUGCUAGGCAACCACCAGUAACGUCCCAAUACUAGUAUUCCCAGAGACUCUGAAUACUGGUAUUGUUAUUCUCUUCACCGCUGCCACCAUUUGUUACAGUUCCCCUUCAGCCUUGGUCAUUACCUUACCCUCCCUUCUGGUCUGUGAAACCCCAGCCAAGGAUCAGGCCUUUGGUAAACCAAAUUAAGUAUUUAUUACAGAUAACAAAGCUAACAAGAUUAACAAGAUUUCUUCUUAAGGCACAUAAGCAUAUGGUUUUACUCAAUACUAAUCCGAACUCCACCUCCCUCCUUCUUCACACUCUCCUGGCAAACAACUCUCUAAACCCCACCAAGCAAUCCACUCUUUCUCUUCUCCCCCCCAGAUUCCACAAUUCACCACCUCACAUUCCCCCAGAUUUACCUGUCAUCCUUUCAUUUAUACUGUCAGCCAUUUUAAACAUUCAGGCAAUCAUCAAGCAUUCUAUUGCCCAUUCACUCCCCCUCCUCUUUCACUACUUACCAUGUAUACUCUAAACAACCAGCACUUACCAUAUAUACACUAAUAUAUAGGAACAUCACACUCUGCUCUGAGAGCCAUUUCCUCCUAUUCUCAAACAAAUGGAAGGCUGGUUGGUGGCUACUCAGUGGUGAAGGGGGGCACUCUGCACAUGCUCAGAAGCACUCACUAUGUCAUAUUUUACAGAUGAGCUCUGCCACUGAGAAUGGGGCUUUAAUGGUAAGCCCCUGUACCAAUGAGGUCCUGAGAAUACCAUCCCCAUCUAUGGCCAGAGCCUCCCACUAGAUAGAAUGAAGUACAUGUAAAUCAUCUCAGUUGCUAUAGUCAGUGGUAGCAUCUCCUCUGGUUCCAUGAGGCAGAAACUCCUGGCUGGCACUAAAAUGUUUUGAACACACAAGCAUUGCAGUUUGUUGCUUGAUGCCUGCACAUCGUUCCUGGCUCUGUGUCAUCUUUGACUCUGGCACACCCAGUUCCACUCCCUGGAGGAGCAACACCAUAUCUGCUUGCAUAGGAGAUGAUCAUCUGCCUUUUGGUACUACAGUGAGAUUGUGUGCAAUGGAGAACACUUUUUGGUUUCAUUGAGUAAAUGGCUUUUUGGGGGGAUAUUAGCUCCUUAGUAUUACAGGCAAGUGGCUGUUUUGUCAGACCCCAAUGGGGGAGAGGGGAAUUGUAGGUUCCCUGCCACCUUGCUGCUCAGUGACCCAGCGCUAGGUUUCAUCCUGAUCAUUUGCAGUAGCACUUGCAUGCUAAGGAUUUUAUAGUAAAUAUAUAUAAAUACAUACAUAUAUAUCUAUAAAAUUAAAAACUCUUCUCCCUAAAGAUGUAUCGGGGAGAAAAUAUUAUUGGAAUUUAUGCUUACAGGAGAAUGUGUUGCAACAACACUUGCCUUUUCCUGCUUUAGACAAGGCUUGCUGUAUGUGAACGGACAAAUCGGCUUUGAUGGAUCCUCUUGGCAUAGCACCCCAGUCCUGUGGUGUUCCUUUCCUCACCUCUGCAGGGAUGGUGAAGUGCCAAGCAGGUUAACAUCCAUCAAAUCCUGAAAUUGGAGAAUUCUUCACAUCUUGACCUACUCCAUUUCCUUGUCUCAAUUUGUGUUGCGGUGUGUGUGUGUAUGUCUCUUAUUUUCUACAGCUAAUUUCAAUAUAGAAAUUAAAUCCUUGCUUCGUUUAGGGAGGAUGCCCAUACUGUACUCCUGGGAUGGGAACCUGGAGUCAACAUCUGGAGGGCCACCACGCCCGUUCUCCUCCUUGACCACUGGCCAUGCUGGCUGGGGCAAAUGGGAGUGGGAGUCCAACAUCAUCUGGAGGGCCACAGGCUCUCCUGGCUGUACUCUGUGUCUGAUCUCUUUUUAAGUUUCAGACAUCUGGAGCUAAGGCUAAGUUUGUGUGAGGUUGUGAAUGAGAACUGGUAAGGUUAGGGAGAUGGCCAUCCUUACAUCACUUCAUGCUGAAAUUAUCUGGGGUAGUUUUAAGUCAUGGUCAUAAUGCUUGUCAUUGACGAACAUGCAUACAAUUAUUUAUUGUAGGGCUGCACCAGAUACAAACUGGCUUCCAGCAAUCCUUGCCUUUAAAACCUUAGCUUUCACCAAUUUGAUGUCUGCAGUGUCAUAUAGGAACUGGCCCAUGCAUGUUUGCGGGCCCCCUCCAAAAAAAGUCCAGCGCAGUAGAACACAGUAGUAGGAAAGCAACGGAGAGAGACUGUGUUGUGGUGAGUGACUUCUAAAGAGAGCCAAGGCAGUUUGUUCUACUUGAAUAGUUGGUUGGUUGCCAUGCUACACUGGCCUAAAAAGCCUGGAGAGGAGCAAAAUGGCUGAGAUCCUUCAGGGGACAGGACAUACAAUUAAGAGUUAAUACCCAAGGACGUAAUGUGUCUGUGCAAGGACUUAUGCUUCUGCAAUGGAACUUCCUAUCCUCUUCCCAUGUGCCCCCCAUCCUCCCACCUAAAUCUACUACAGAGAGUUGGGGGGAAACUUAGAACAGAGUUGGGGGGGCACAGAGGGGUAGGAGAUGAAAAGGAAGUUCAAUUGCACAAGAAAACAACAGGACGACUUUGUUGGAUACAACCCCAGGGGUUUCAGGCUAAUGAGUCAGAUUUUGUAAUCAGGAGUCUAGUCAGUUCUGAUAACGUUUUUUCAAGAGCCUGGCUUUCUUAAUUUAUCCACACACACACCCCAUAACUCUUCCCAAGCUGCUGGGAAGCAUCUGAAUUGCUUUCUAUCUCAUAGGAAUGGGCAACUAUUGAGCUGUUCUCUUGGGUGCAUUAUUAUCUCCUCCUUACUUACACGUUCAUAUUUUAAUAAAAUAUACUGAUCUCUAUUUAAUAAAUAGACUCCAGUACUGA